UCUUACUCUUUCGCAUGACACUCUGUGAGGAAACACGUGUGGUCACAAUCGUUUGCAUGCUGCGAUCAUCAGCUCGCUCUGCUGUAUGAAAAGCUCUUCGCCGCACCACUGCAGACUCUUAAUUGGUCUGUGAGUCACAGAUAGGAAGUGCAACACAACUUUUCACAAUCCCUUGGAUCUGGUGGCUUUAAAUGCCCGACACAGUCUUUUAGGUUAGAAAAGAAAGAAAAGGAAGCAUGCCUGGACCACCGCCUCCUCCUGGCCCUCCUCCAACCUUUUCACAGGCAAACACAGAAAAGCCAAAUCUGAGCCGAGGUGAGCAGCAAGGGAGAAAUUCUUUACUAUCAGAUAUCAGCAAAGGAGCUCGACUGAAGAAAACCGUCACCAAUGAUCGCAGCGUCCCAAUUCUGGAUAAGCCCAAAGGAGGCGGAGGCGGCGGAGGAGGAGGAGGGUUUGGGGGCGGAGCUCCAGGUGGAAUGGGUGGACUGUUUCAGGGAGGAAUGCCAAGACUGAGAUCAUCAGGAAACAGAAACAGUGCAGUCAGACCACCGAUGCCUUCAGCGGGGAGAUUCCCGACUCCCAGCAGCCCAGCAGGAAGCAGACCCCCGCUCCCAACCGCUGGACGACCUUCUCCUGGGAGGGCCGGACCCCCACCUGUCCCACACUCAUCACGCUCAGCCCAGAACAGCUCCCCUAGCGGCCCUCCACCUCUGCCUGGAGCUCGACCGUCCAGCUCCUCACCUUCUGUUCCAGCCCUGAACCAGCCGGGCAGACGUCCAAGCAUUCCUCGUCCCCAGAGGGACUCCCAGUCUUCCUUCCCUCCACCCCCAAUGCCCGCAAGCGCCCGGCCGCCAUUACCCACAAUGCCUAGCAGGCCCUCAGAUGACUUCCCGCCCCCUCCACCACCCACCGGAGGAAGCAGAGCAUCAUUUUCUCGAGAUGGACCAUUACCACCACCACCACCUUCAACUGAGAGUAAACCAUUAAGUUCUCAGAGGCCUAUGAGUAAUCCGCCUCCAUCCUUACCUCCAGGAAGAGGAGGAGGGCUCCCGCCCAUCCCACCAUCCCCACGGGACGAUCCAUACACUAGAGGCCCUUCGAGAAACAGCCUUCCUCCUCCACCACCGACUGGACGCUCCAGCCCACUGCCACCUCCACCCACUGAGAGGCCGCCUCCAUCAGGACGGAGCCCAUCCAUACGCUCAGGUCCUUUCCCACCUCCACCCACUGGAGGAGCAGGCAGAGGAGUGUCUCCCCCCUUACCUCCUCCCAAUCGUCCCGGUGGAUCAGGCAGACCCUCUCUACCCCCAGAGCCGUCCAGAGAGCCCAGCUUCCCCCCACCACCACCCGACACCAUCAAUGGCUUCCAGUGCCCUCCAGCACCUGCCACAGAUGAGUGGGGGAUGAGGUUUUCCUUCCAUCCUCUGACUGAAUUACCUCCACCAGAGCCGUACGUGUCCUUCUCCAAGUCUUAUCCCAGCAAAUCUGGCGGCAAAGGAAUAAGAGACAGAGGAGCGCCACCCUUGCCACCAAUUCCCAGAUGAAACGCUUUUGACAUUAU